AUGCACGCCACUAGCCCGACCCUCAUCAUGCUCGGCCUCGCCCUGUGCGGCCUGACCGGUCUCGCCCAAGGCUUCGCCGUGCUCCCCAUGGAGCUCAACAGCGCCGUCGACAAGCGCCAGUACAACCAGUGCGAGAUGGCCACUGGAAAGUCGACCUGCAUCACCUUCUGCGCCACCGAGAUGGCGCACGUCGAGGAGCGGUACUGCCAGGGCUCGUACUGCCACGUCAAGCACAACACGGACCGGUUCUGCGGCCUCUGCGAGUGCGACUGCCAUGUGCCUUGA